AUGGCGGUCCCGUUGCGGCUGUCGGCUCUCUGCGCCGCCGCCGCCAUGCUGCUGCUGCUGCUGCCGCUGCCGUCGCCCGCCGCUCCGCGGAGGCCGCCGCGCUGCGCGCCGCCCUGCAGCUGCUGGCGGGAGUCGGCGCUGUGCGUAGGGGCGGCCGGGCCGCCGCGCAGCCUGCCCGCCGGCCUGGGCUCCCUGAGCCUGGUAAACGGGACCUUCUCCGAAGUCAAGGACAGGAUGUUCUCCCACCUGCCCUCCCUGCAGCUGCUUUUGCUGAACUCCAACUCCUUCACUGUUAUACGAGAUGAUGCCUUUGCUGGUCUCUUCCAUCUAGAAUACCUAUUCAUUGAAGGAAACAAAAUUGAAACCAUUUCAAGAAAUGCAUUUCGUGGCCUUCGAGACCUGACUCACCUUUCUUUGGCCAAUAACCAUCUCAAAGCUCUACCAAGGGAUGUCUUCAGUGAUUUAGAUUCUUUAAUUGAACUAGAUUUAAGGGGAAAUAAAUUUGAGUGUGACUGCAAAGCCAAGUGGUUGUUUUUGUGGUUAAAGAUGACAAAUUCCACUGUUUCUGAUGUCCUGUGUAUUGGUCCAGCAGAAUAUCAGGAUAAGAAGUUAAAUGAUGUGACAAGUUUUGAUUAUGAAUGCACCACUACAGAUUUUGUUGUUCACCAGAUUUUGCCUUACCAGUCAGUUUCAGUGGAUACGUUCAACUCAAAGAAUGAUGUGUUCGUAGCCAUUGCACAGCCCAGCAUGGAGAACUGCAUGGUGCUGGAGUGGGAUCACAUUGAAAUGAAUUUCAGGAGUUAUGACAAUAUCACAGGUCAGUCCAUAGUGGGAUGUAAAGCCAUUCUUGUUGGUGACCAAGUGUUUGUGGUGGUGGCACAGCUCUUUGGUGGCUCACACAUUUACAAGUAUGAUGAAAGCUGGACAAAGUUUGUCAAAUUCCAGGAUAUCGAAGUAUCUCGCAUUUCCAAGCCAAAUGAUAUAGAGCUUUUUGAGAUAGACAGUGAAAUGUUUUUUGUCAUAGCAGAUAGCUCUAAAGCAGGUUUGUCAACAGUGUACAAGUGGAAUAACAAAGGGUUUUACUCCUACCAGUCCCUUCACGAGUGGUUCAGGGACACCGAUGCUGAGUUUCUUGAUAUAGAUGGAAAAUCACAUUUAAUCCUCUCUAGCCGCUCCCAGGUUCCUAUUAUACUCCAGUGGAACAAAGUUUCUAAAAAGUUUGUCCCACACAGUGAAAUCCCCAACAUGGAAGAUGUCUUGGCUGUGAAGAGUUUCAGGAUGCAAGAUAACCUAUACAUCACGCUCACGAGAUUCAUUGGUGACUCCAGAGUUAUGAAAUGGAAUAGCAAACAGUUUGUGGAGAUACAGGCUCUUCCAUCCCGAGGAGCCAUGACGCUGCAGCCUUUCUCCUUCAAGAACAAUUACUACCUAGCCUUGGGAAGUGACUAUACCUUCUCCCAGAUUUACCAGUGGGAUGGUGAAAUGAAGAUCUUCAGAUUAUUUAAAGAAAUCUAUGUGCAAGCACCACGGUCUUUCACAGCUGUGUCAACAGAUCGAAGAGAUUUUUUCUUUGCCUCUAGUUUUAAAGGAAACACUCAAAUAUUUGAACAUAUCAUCAUUGACUUGAGUUUAUGAAAUGCUGCUGGAGUGAAAUUCAUGUAGAAUGACAUUUAUACACAAACAAAACAAAAAGAGACCUUUCCAAAACCAGGGUGCACCUAUGGAGUAUGAUGACAUUUUCUGAACUUUUCAAACUUGCAUAUUAAUCAGGGAUUGCAUUUACUGCAUGACAUGUCCGUUUUAUCCUUUUUCAAAGACACUUUGCAAUCUGCAGUCAUUCAGAAAAGAGUGCAGUGCAUUAGGAUUAAUCUAAGAGACUGAUGUAAAUUUUAUCCAGAAAACUACCUUGAAAUGAACACCUCAUAAGGAAAGUAGACUAAGCUAUACAUAGAAAUUAUCUUGACUCUUAAACUAACAUGUUAGUAAUGAUUUUAAGAUUAGAGCCAGUUCUUCAUGGUUGCUGAUGAAUUGUAAAAGUGAACAGUAAUGUUCCAGAAUACACUUUACUUUGGUUUCUUGAGGUCUGUCUUCAGAAUCUCUCUUUGUGGUUUAUAGUAAGAUUGAGACAUCAUUUUAAUUCAUUGUAGAUUAAAGGGAAAGUCAAAAUCUAUUGCCAUUUUUCUUCCAUUAAUCACUAUUUCAGCAACAAAUUGGGCAUAACAAAUAGCUCAGCCCACAGUAACUGGGUAGCCAGGAAAAGAAGGGUAUGUCACUUCUAGACUGAGAGAGCUUAACAAGUUAAUGUAGACAGAUAAUAACAGAGGUCUGUUGGGUGCCAUGAAUGAAUUGACUACAAAUUCUGUCCGCUUUCUGUUUUAAUAGGUAUUCCAGAAAUCCACCCCAUUUUGUCCUAAUUCACACUCUUCCUGAUGAUCCCAGUAGACUCUGGGAUGUUUUAACAAGUAAAUGUUGUGAUCUCUCAUUCUAGAAGGCACAGCUUAAAUUUAGCCUGAAACACACAUCUACAGUCAUGUUUUCCGUGCUGUAGCUCGUCUGUACACAAUGAGAUGAUGUAUUCUCCAGCGUUCUCCCCUCAGCGCAGCACACGAGCAAUAAAUUCAGGUUUUGGUCAUCACAAGCUGUAUUUGGGGAAGCCUCCUUCUGGCUGAGGUCUGAAUAUGACUUCGGUAUCACCGAGUCUUUUGAAACCAUGGCAGCUGGAGCUGUUUCAGGCUAGAGCUAACCCUGGCUCCAAGCAGAAGGGUUUCCUCUUGGUAGUUCCAGGCUUUUGCCAGGUUGCCAAGCCAUUGAAGGUUAGACAAGAGGAUGUGAUCAGACA